AAUAAUUAUGAUUUCGAAAACGCGACUCCAACAAAAACAAAAUCGAGAUCGGAAACUCCGCGCGGUUCCCGCCUCAACCAAAUCAAAAACCCUAAUUGUUUCCCACCACCCAAUCAGAUCCUCCCCCCACCGACGGAUCCUCUCAAUCUCUCUCUCUCUCUAGAUGACUGAAGAGAGUGGCAAAUUAGUAGUGCCGUUGGAACAAACCCGACCCGCUUUGUGUGAUUUGACGAAUCUUCCAGCUAAAAGAGCGAUUUCUUCGAUUUUGGGUGAUUUGAUUAAUGUAUCUGCUGGUAAGGCCAUUGCUCAUGAAGGUUCGAGAGAGAAGUUUUCAAAGAGGCUUUGUUUAGUUGUAGAUGACUUGGUUAAGGAGAAUGCUACUUCUGUUGAUACAACAAAUGAAGGGUCUUCUUCUAAUGAUAAGAAGAAGACUAGUUGUUGUGGUGUUGGUGAUUCUGGUGUGAGAGCAGAGUCUGAGGAGUAUCAUGAUGCUGUUAUGGAAUUCUCCAGUGGAAGAGAUGGGAAAGCAUUGGAGGGAAGAAGCAAGCAGAUCUAUUUUGAGCCUGGUGAUAGAGACGGUGCACGAGUGUUAACUGACGCGUGUCAAACCGUUGUUGCUGGUGAAGGCUUGGCUUCGUCUGUGGUAACUGGUAAUGACGAGAGACGGCGGAAUCCACAUCCACGGGAGGACUUGCCUAAUUCUCUGAAUUUGACGAGAUCAUUUGAAAUGGGUAGAUGCUCGAAUGUUAAGAGGAAGGAGGAGCAUGUGGAUCAGAGUACGGGAGAUGACCUGCUUCAGUCAUGCUCUUGUUCUUUUUGCCUUAAAGCUGCCUAUAUUUGGUCAGAUAUUCAAUACCAGGAUACCAAAGGUCGGUUAUCCGCCUUGAAGAAGAGUCAGAAAAAAGCGAGCAACUUGAUUCAAAGAAAUGGUAAGGAAUGGCCUACAGAUUUUCAUGCCACAGUGAACUCUGUUACUUCUGGAAAACAAGAAUCUAAACUCAUGGGACAAUGGAGGUCGCUCUUUCUUAGCAUGGGUGAUAUCCUCAAUCAUGAAAAUAGCCAACUUCAAAAGAGUUUUGAGACAAUGAGAAAAUUUCGAGAAGACUGCAAGAUGGAUCUGGAGAGAGCGAUGAAAACACCUCACACAACCCCUAGUGAGUAAACUACUCUUUUCGAGUCUCAACUUGAUCAAAGACUGUAAUGAAUCGGCACUUCUGUUUCUGAAAGUUAUAAUAUCUGGACGCAAUGUAUAGAUGUUUGAUUUCGUAAAUGAUUAUGUAUGUGUGAGAGUACUGUUUGGUGUUAGUAAUUUUCUCGAACUGUUUUUGUUCUUUGUGUUGUGUUCUUCACUUCGUCUCUCAAAAGUGUUGAUUACACACUGGUCUAUUUGUAUUUCUUUUGAAUCAAUGGACCAUCCUGUUUUACUCU